AGUUUUCACUCAGACAGGGCAGCGCCGACUACACUGGCAAGAUGGCGGCGCGGUGGGGCGCAGGCGAGGAGACUUUAACUGCGUGCAAUAUGGAUUUUUUCCCCAUGGAUACACUAAACGAGGUAAAGGAUUAAUCUAAUAUUGUAUUUUGUGUCGCAUAAAUGAACUGUUAGGAGCUGUGUGUGUUUGUGUUAACCGGUUUGUUGAGUACACUGCGCAUGGAAAAGUGACACGUGGAUGUAACCGUAGUUUUACUACUAUAAAUCCACACAAAAUCACGCACUUUAUUGUGGUUAUUAUACAUUGAUUGGUGUGUAUUCAUGUUUUUAUCUGUAAAUACUCAGUUCUUGAUAUUAUUACAAUGUGCUGCUAUGUCGAUGCUAGCUUGAUGGUCAGUGUAGCUUGGCCGGCCGGCACGUUUUCCUUCCUCAUUUAAUGGACACUAAUUAAACCAAUUGGAAUGACAGCUGUGUGUAUUAAUUAAUAAAUAGCAUGACAUGUGCACCACUUAUUUAGAUCAUGUCAUUUUAUCCUGAUGAGUUUCUAUCCUCUAAUUUAUGAGGAUAGUACUCUGUGUUCGGUACUGGACGUGAUUCACUCACACGUGGUGACAAAACCCUGCAAUGUGCGAGUAAACUCCAUUUAUCACCAAAGUUAUCCUCGUUAUUUAACACUUUUACUCGGCCUUACAGUGUUUAAAAGACUGGGUUAACUGAGGUUAGUUUGCAGGCUGUAUGCCAGCACACUGCAGUAAUGUGUCAUCAGUGAUAAUAAAGCUCUUUAUUACUGGAUCAUGUUGCCAAUCAGUGCAAAUUAAACCCACCUGAGAGGUUAUUCAGUCUCAAACUGCACCAAGUUUUCAUUCAAAGCCUUCGUGUGUUUACCCACAUGUGGUUAAGUCCUGUUCAAUCACAUGUGGGGCUUCACUCGCACAUGCGCAGCAGCUACAAUUAACCAAAUGUGAUCCCACACCCUUUACGCGCAGUUAGUUCAUGACUCAACGUGCAUUUUGAAAGGACGUUAAGUUUUUAUAACUUGGUGGGUUAAUUGUUAAAUAUAUAUAUGGUAAAGAAAAAAGGCAUAAAGGCCCUGCCCUGGUUUUGUUGUAGUGCAACACGUGGGUCUCCAAAGGAAGACUCCCUGCCUACUACUGCCUCCCUUUGGACGGGCUGAGGCGAGGAUCAAACAUGUCUGCGCACAGUGUAUGCAUGUGUAGACAGAAACACGUGGGUCCCUCUGAGAUACUCCAGCCUUUUCAGAUGAAUAUGCACAGUUUUUAUCAGUAAUGUUUGACCUUGCAGUGGGACUGGACUUCUUGUACUUCUGUACAUGGUUCAAACCUGAGGAGUUGUUGGACAGCACAUAUUAUCUACCACUAUUAACAAACAGUUCCUGCUGUGUAUAAAAAAAUAAUGUUUUACUGACUUAAACUGUUAGGGACUUAUUGAAGUCAUCUAUUGAGUUUUGCUGUAUUUUAUUGGCGUGUUUGGUAGAUGGGUCAAUGACAUAUAAGGUUUUUAAACAUGCCAAUUUUAAAAUAGCAAAAAUAAGAAUAUAUUUUGCAAAAAUUCAAACACUAAGGCUGUUGUGUGUACAAAAAUGAAUGUUAAAUUUUGAAAUUAUGCAAUUUUUGUGUUUUUUUUUUCAUAUAGAUGAAUUGCCCGUGGCCUUAGAAAAUGUCAUUUGGUGCGACAUCAUUUAUCUCAAAAUUAUUUCAUUUUUUCAGCAUACUUAAAAGUUUUUUACAAAUUGGAAGUAAUAUCAAGUAGAUAGAAACAAAGUGUUUGCAUUUCAUUUGAGUUUCUGUAAAUAAUGAUCUCACAUUUUAGCUCUAUAAUGUCACAGUCGCUAUAUUAAAUGUAGUUAACGGACUAAUUUUUUCUUUAAAUUGCGUAAUACUGAUAAAAAUGUUUUAAAACUACCUUUCACUCAAUUAUAUUGUAUCAGGUAUUAAUGUUUCAGUUACAGAAAUUAGAUAUUUUAGUUUGUAUUUAAUACAAUCAAUAUUAUUGGUCACACCACAUGAUAUUUUGACACUCUUAAGUUCAGAAAAAUUACAAAUAAGACCUGAUUUUUGAAAAAUUGAAGUGACUACAAAUAAGAGAGAGAUACUACAUAUCGAAAGCCUAUUUUUGUGCAUUUAAACCUUUUUUAACUUAAAGAAAAUACAGCCGGACAGAAUAUAUUUGGGUGUCACAUCAUUGACCCAGAUAAGAAACAAGAUAAAUGCUAACUGAUGUCUAAUUGUUUUGUACAGUAAAUACUUUCUCCAGUGUUUGUUGAUCACCCAUUGUAGGAAAAUGUCUUUGGUUUUUUGUUUUUCUCUUCUCAGAGUUAAAACUUGUACUCAUGCUGUGCCUCGCCCUCCGGGGUUUCCUUUCCUGACUCUCAUUCUUAAACGCCUGACUUGACUCCAGGCUUGCACCUGACCCAAACAUCCAGAUAAUCAACAAACAUGACCUGUUUUUCUAUCCAGUCUUAUAUUUUAAAUGACUUUUCUGUUUUGCACAGUAGGGAAGAUAAUGCCUGAGGUUAUUUAGUCUUAAAGUCCUGAAAGAAAAUAAACAACAGCAGUAUGAAAAUGCAUUCAAACGGUUCAAAUCUAAUUGUAUAGUUUUGCUGUCAUAGCGUCAUAAAAAGCAUGCUUCAGACAUCAAAAAUAUUGAUUAAAUUAAGCUGUUUGAAAUGUCAACACUGCUUAGAGAAGUAUUUUGUCAUUGGAAUUGAGUUUACUGAGUUUGUAACCAUGACUGGAGGUUGUAGAGACAUUUGUUUUCUUGCCUCAGUCGUGAAUCUAACUUUUGUCGGUUUUUUCGCUGUUAAAUACGAAGUGUGUUUUUCUCUUUCUAGACUGCUGGUCUGACCUCAGGAGAAACUUUGGAGGUUUUUCAAAGCUUGGACCCCACAAUACUUUCGAUGUUCGAGGACACGCCCAUAGUAGAGGUUAGACAUUUGUUUUGUAGGUGAUGUAUUUUAGGUUUGUGUUGUCGUUUGUUUAUGCUCCACACAUGCCGCCUCUGACCUAAUUUCCCGUGCUUUUUAUUUAGACUAAAGGACUAGAUGAGGAGAGUGAAGCCACGCUGCUGACUGCCCUGACUGAGAUCCUCGACAAUGUGGACGAUGAGAACCUGUCCCCGUUUGACACCCUGCCUGACUCAGACCUGCUGUCGGGUCAGAAGGGCAGGGAACACUCCCCGGUUAGUGCCCAGCUGUCUCACACACACACACACACAAACACACAACUCUCAAAGUGUUGCUCGUAGAUUAGUGUUCCCGACAUCCUCCAUCUGGCCUGAGAGUCCGGGAUAGAGAGAGAGAGAGAGAGAGGGAGGGAGGGAGGGAGGGAGGGAGGGGAAGAGAGAAGAAGGAAAACCUGCUGAUGGCUGUUCGACAUAGUUUUGUCCAGUAAGCCUAAAUCUUCCAUAACCAUGUAACUGUUUAACUAAAGCCUCAUACUUCAUACUUGAAAACACAAUCAUAGAGCUCUACAGCCUUUUGAAAAAGAGUAGCUCUUGAAUUUUUUUUUCUUUGACUUUGUUUUUUAUUUUUUAUUGAACUGAACUUCUGUGGGUGGUUAGUAUGACUCAACUUGUACAUUAUACAGUAUAAGCAGUUGUAUAAGCCAAAUGUCCUUGAGCUUUAAAGAGUUGUAGCGUCAUUAUUCUUUAAUUUGUCUCUUCAGCUCAGGAGAUUGCUGUGUCUGUCCCGUUCCCCUCCAGACACUCUGUGUAACACGAGACCCUCAUCCACUGGAAAGGUAGAUUUUCUCUCAUUUAAAACAAAUUAUGUAAAGCUUAAUUUGAAACAAAAAUCUGAAUUUAUGUGGGGGUGCAUUUCUUUGUCUGUCACCAGAGCAUGCCCAGGAUACACGCAGACUCCAUCCAGAGGAGCGACGGAGAGGAAGAGGAGGAUGGCUCCUUCACCCUGAGCCCAGCGAGCCACGGCUCAUAUCCUGACAGUAACCUGCUGGACUGGAAAGGUCUCACACUGCCACUUCCUGUCACCUUUGAGCAGGAAGAAGAGGACGGCAUCUCCGUGUGUCUGGGGGACCUGGUCAGGCACAUGCACCCGUACUGUAUGACCAUUUCUAUGGAGAACGACGAAGGGGAACAGAUGCUACCUGAAGGAGGAAUCUUACUUGAAGUUGUUGACCAGGGGGAAAAUGGAGAGCCCAUCCUGGCUAUUCCAGACAUGGACCUCCCGGUCUCUCUUGCACUAGAGGCAGAGCGGAAGAUGUCAGAGGAAGCAGAAGACGAAGCAUCCGACAGCUCGGAGCAUAUAGUUGUCGAUGAUGAAGAUGUAAAAGUCCCAGAGGCUCCAGUAAAAGUUGCUACGACUGUGGCACCAGGAGCGAAAGAUGAAAUGGUUGUUAAAAGACAGACAGAAGAGAUUAGAGAGAAAAGCCCCCCCAGGAGGAAAAAGAAAAAGAAAAGCAAGGAGCAGCUUCAGCCUGAACCUGCGGAGGGAAGAGUUUUGAGAAGUGGUAGAGUAAGAAACACGGCGCAGGAAUCCCCCCAAAAACCUGAAAGAAGGUCAAAGAAAGAAGAAAAGAAACAAAGAGUGGCGAAGGAUCCUCCCGCGUCGGCUUCAACCUCUCCCUCUGAAGAAACUAAGAAACUAAACUCAUGCCAAACUGAAACCCAAAAGGAGAUCACCACUACAACACCAUCGCCUGUGACUAAAGUACAAGAAGCUGCACCUGUGUCACCAAAUCAGGAGGCUGCUCUGUCACGUACCAGUGCUGAGAAGAGUCCACCGAGCUGUUCAGAGAAGGUGAAAGAGCCUGAAGAAACCCCCAAACAGUUUGAGGAAAUACCCGAUCAGACAGCCCAGACCCCCAAAGAGCCUAAAGAUUCAUUAGCGGCUCCCUCUGCUGUCCUGUCCCCGGUGCCUUCAGAGAGCCCCACAGCUGCUCUCGGUCCUCCAAGCCUCCCGAUGACACCACCCGUCAGCGAGGCCCUCCCUUCUGUGGCCCCCGCAGUCCCAGAACCCAAGCCCAAAUCUCUCAGUCUAGCCGAGUACCGUCGGCUCAGACAGCAGAAGAAACCGGCCCCCGUGGAGAAACAGGACGACAACAGCACCAAGUGGCCGAGCCUCCCAGAGCUUCCUAAGGAGCUUCCUCCUAUCCCCUGCCUCCCAGACCCAAGCCUCAGAGAUCCUCGGCGCCUUAAUCCACCGGCAGCCAAGAAGGAAGUGGAGGAGGUUAGACCUGCCUGGCAGCCAAGGGGCCCGUGUGCCCCGCCCACCCCUGAGGCUCUGUUAGCGCCACCAGCUUAUAUGGUUGCGUCAAACAACAAGGCUUCAUCCGCUACACCUGUCCCCAAACCACAGCAAACACCUGAGCAGCCUAAACCUUCUCCACCCCCAAAACCUGCAGCUGCUAAUUCAAUGAAGAGUUUACCUGCACAUGAAGAAACCACAGCUGCACCUGCAGCACCAUGUGUACCUCAGAGCUCUGACAGGCCAGGCGCAUCAGACAGGAAAUGCUCACCUGCACUUUUAGAGGGAAACGCUGGAGUCACUGAGCGACCCCGGUCUCAGCCUGAAUCUGCAGAACUCGCUAAAACCACUACAGAGAUGAUCAAACCCGCUGCUGCUGCUGUUGUAUCCGCACUCAGGAAGAUCACUGUUGUUUCCCUGAAGGCGCCCGAGGUCACCGCUCCUCGCUCAUUAAAUAACAGCACCGCGUUUGAUGGCACGCCAUCAAAACCCACAGCCCACUCUCCUCCGGCUGCCAAUCCCUCAGACCUGCAGAGAGCAAAGGAAGAUCCUGUUGUGCUUGAAAAGAAAGAGAAACCCACUGCAGCACUAAAGCCCCAAAGAGCAAAAAGCCCCACCCAGGAGCUGAUCGAGGCGUUCACCAGUGAGAUAGGUGAGCUUCAAGACUCUUAAUCCAGCCCAGUGUGAUUAUUCACAGAGCUCUGUAAUAUAUAUUCAUGUAUUAGACAUCACAGCCUGUGGCAGAAACACUUCAUUUCAUAUAAAUUUUGUUUAACUGACUGGAAAAUGUGACGUUUCUGUAGGAAUCGAAGCUGCUGAUCUGACCAGCUUGCUGGAGCAGUUUGAGGAAACUCAAGGUAAUCCUUCUUGUCUGAAAGAGGCGCUCACACCCGACAUUUUCUCCACACGCCAGAGUAUUUAUGCCGUACUACAACUCUGGCUCUAAAGUGACUGUAGAGGCUAAUGGGUCACGUAGUUUAGCACUGAGCUAAAUGUAGUCAGAGUGUCAGUUUUCUUGGUUUCGUAAUAGCAGGCGUACUAUCCUGGUUAGCAGUAGAGAGUUAGAGGGUAGAAAAACCUUAAUGGAGCUUUGAAAGUCUAGACUUAAGGACUUAAAAUGAUCUGAAAACAUAAGCUGUCCUGAUGUGAAGAGCGAUUUAACACCUCUGUUAAAUUCUGACCCACAGCUCCCAGACCAGGGUCAACAAAAAUAAGUGAUAAGCCUUUCUUCUAACAUUAUCCAGGGGGGACCUCUGUUAAAAAUGACCUCUGCUGAGAUGUUCCCCUUUAAGAGCCGUGUGCAGCGGGGGGCAGAGAAGCCGCUUUGUGCUCUUGUCUGCUCAGCUGCUGGAAUUCUGCCCUGUCCGCAAAUCCAUUUAACUCUCACCCUGCUGUCUUUGUUUGGGUGGAUGUACAUGCUCCAUCUGUAACAAGUGGCUGGGUGCUCCAUGAGCCAUUAGAUAAGCCUAUCAGGUAGUUAUAGAAACAUACUGUACACGACAGCUAAGUCUGGCUAAUGUAGCAGACAGCCAUUUGGAAGUAAACACUGCUUACAGGAGAGUGAAAAUCACUGUGUUCUUGAUUUACACCCGUAUACAGACAGUCCAAACGUUCAUGCACAUGUGUCUAAAUUUCUGUCUCAUUUGGUUUUGUCCUCCCUGUGCACAUGCACUGAAUUCCUUGUCCCUUCUCUCUUCAGCCAAAGAGGAGCAAAGUGUGUCGGAGGUCUCUGGUAGAGCAGCAGCUGUAGGAAACUCUAGGUGAGUUACCCUACAGCCAUGAAGCUGCUCUGUGCGAGUGAUGGAAACCCCCCCGAGAGAUCUGAAUAUGUUUGCUGUGUGUGUGUGUUUGUGUUUCGCCAAGACCUACCGCAAGCCCCACUUUUGUCCGGCCAUCUACUGGUUUGAAUUUGUGUAGCUUUGUCGACUUCUUGUUUUGUGUGUGAACUGGACUCCAGCCUUUUCCAAAGACGACCUACUUGAAAACGACAUUAAUGUUGAUGUAUUAACAGACUCUUCUGCUCCGUUUCAGUGUUGAGUCGGCUCCAGAGAAAACAGUUGUUGAACGUGUGAGAGCGAACGACCUCUCCAGCACAGCAGGUAAUGCAGCAUUUAGAGUUUGAGAUGACCAAAUGUCAACCACAAUCCCCAUAAAACAAAACUUUUCAGUGGUUUCAGAACAGAUUUCAUCAAAUACAGACCAUAAUAUCAUAAAAAGAUUCAGAAAAUCUCUGUGCAAAACUGACAAGGCAGAAAAAAAUACUCUACGGUCAUGGUCUUCUCACCCUCAGGAAGCACGGUGUUAAAAACAGACGUGACUCUGUAAUGGAAAUCACAGCAUGAACUAAAUGCAGAUUAUGUAUCGUCUGAUCUUUAGCCCUGCCACCUAAGCAUACAGCUCUGACAGAUAACCGCUGCCGUAAUGCUUUUCUGUCCUGAUUAAACAAGCACAGAUGGCAUCCCAUAGCAUGGCACAGUUUAGCAGUAUUUUGAUCUAGAAAAUGGAGAUGAAGUUGUAUGAAGCCUGAAUAAUUCCUACUAAGCAAAGGCUUUUUAUUUUUUUAAUCUGCAGGAAGGAACAAAGGUUUUGUGUUCUGCAAAUCCAUUUUACAGCAUUUACCUGCAGACUAUAUGAACUCGUGUUUAGCCAUGUUUUAUAAAUCAUGCCUGUUUUUGACUUGUUCUGAGUUUUUCAGACUUUGAGAGUAGUGGGCUGAUCUAAAAGUCAGAAAAUGUCCCUUUUUAAAAGAAGCUUCAAUCGAUAAUAAGCAGCUGUUUCCUUCUUAGACUAUUUUGUUACACCUUUACAUAACUAGAUAAGCAGUCAUUAGGCACAGUUUUCUAAAACAGUACAUGUCUGUUUUAAAGUUAUGGGAUUUUCCUUUUCUCUGUUUCAGCUCUGACUCCUCCAGCCACUCCCCCUCACCAGAUGUGGAAACCUCUGACCCCUGUGGCCCUGCUAGGAAAGAGCAAGGCCGCUGAGGCCUCUAAGUCUUGCACUUCCAAGGUUAUUCAGAUAGAAGCCCGGCCUCUGCCCUCAGUCAGGUCUCGAAACAAGGCCACUCCCUCUUUGGCUGCUGCUUCUGUGGCUCCAGACAUAGCGUGUAUGGACCAUGACUACUGCCUUCCAAACAAAGGUGCUUCAAACAUCGAGACGGGCAAGAGCUGGAACGCCAAACAGCAAUCCCUCAUCACCAUUAAACCCAUCACUACACAGAUUUCCUCUGCUGUCCCGUCAUUGGCUGUUCAGUCUAAUGCAAACCCUGUGGCCACAUGCAAACCCCAAGUCACUCUCAGGGAGUCCCUGGAUCACAGGACUGAUGGCGUGGAGAGAAGCUCUGUUCUAGAGACUCCUGAUGCCUCGCCUUCUCGUUCAGAGACUGACGGCAGCGUUAAAGAGGCGAGCCCCAGGGGAGGGCCUUAUGGGAGGUCUUAUCGCCGGCAUGCUGCGUCUCGUACACCCAGCCCAAAGUCUAGUCCCAAAGAGAGGAUUGGAGCCCGAUCAAGAAAGAGAAGACCCCGCCGUUCUCCCAGUCCUGUUUCGAGUAGUUCAGAGUCAGAGUCUCAUUCUUCAAGGUCCCGGUCCAGAUCUCAGUCUAGAUCACGUUCCCCCUCUAAGAAAAGGUGAGUUCUUUACACAAGACCCUCAGUGCAGCAUUGUUUCUCUUUGCCAUGACCCCCUUGUGUUUGACUGACUGACUGACGUUCCUUCCCAUGUCGUCUUCAGGUACCGUUCCUACCGUGAAGACAGAAGUUCAAGCUCCUCUUCCCGCUCCUCUUCCCGCUCCUCUCCCUCUGUGUCUCGCUCCCCACCCCGGAGGAGGAGGUACUCGUAUUCCUCCUCUCGUUCUGGCUCUUGGAGUCGCUCCAGGUCACGGUCUGGGUCCCCUGAGAGACGAGCACAUUGGAGUAGGAGCAGAAGAUUGCAGAGGUACGCUGCUGUGACUCAUGCUCACCAAGCUGUGAAUGAUGAGCAGGAUCCUUAACGCUGUUAAAAACAUUUUGCUAACUUGAAGCGUCAUCUUGUCUUCCUCAGUCCUCUACAAAGGCCUCGCUUUGGUACCAAGACAAAUGUAGAAGAGGUGAAGAGAUGCAAGGAGAAAGCCAUUGUAAGUAGCAUCCUCAGAGUACAUCGGCCUUUCAGCAAACGGUCAAAUAUUUCAACUGUGACUCAACGACUGUACCACAUUUCAUUUUAGGAGGAGCGCCGGGUUGUUUACGUUGGUCGAAUCAGAGGGACCAUGACCCAAAAAGAACUGAAAGAGCGUUUCUCUUUAUUUGGUGACAUUGAGGACUGUACUCUGCACUUUAGAGACCACGGGUGAGUGUGCAUGUUUUUUUUUAGGUCUCCUGUCGGGUGGAACGUCUGAAGAGCAUUUUAAUAACCCCGAAUUUCUUAUGAGGAAGCUGCACUGUCUUUGAACCUUUUUGGUCUCACUGUGACCUCUCAGGCCAAGCUACAGUGCUAAAACAAAUUUGAUCUUGUUCAUAACUGGAGCCUCCUGGCUACACCUCCGGGUGGCUCUUUUAAAAGCAAGAGACAACGCAUAACAAUGAGUCAGAUUCAUGCGACCCUGAACACAAGACCUGUGAUAAACAGAAAAUGAACUCGGAACUGAUGCUUUUGUGAUCUUUUUGCAGGGACAACUAUGGCUUUGUGACUUAUUACAGCACAAAGGAUGCUUUCACAGCAAUCGAGAACGGAGGCAAGCUGCGCAAACCUGAUGAGCUGCCGUUUGAUCUUUGUUUUGGUGGAAGGAGACAGUUCUGCCAGACCAGCUAUGCUGACCUGGGUAUGUAUGGAUCCACAUGACAAAUACAUUGAUUGUCCAUCCAAAGGAGUCUGAUUGGGUUUUCUGAAGAUUUGACACAUUAGCGUACGACGUUGUACUCACUGCCAACUGAAAAUGCAGUUUUGAGCCGGCUGUUCUAUCUGAAUUACAGCCAGUUUAUUAUAGUUUCAUGCUUUUAAAAGUCUUUGCUAAAACAGACUUCAGCAGUCAGCUGUUCCUAACUUUUUACCAAAAUGUACCAUGUACUGUCCCUUUUUUUUGGAACUCCAUGUUGAAUUUGUGUGACCCUGUCUUUACAGAUUCAAAUAGAGAGUACGAUCCAUCACCGGCGAAAAGCAAGUUUCACUCACUAGACUUCGACACUUUACUGAAGCAAGCCCAGCAGAAUCUGAAGAGGUAACAGGAGGCCUGCAGCAGGAAGCAGCUGACACUUACCUCAGAGCCAACAGUUGGCUUCUCACCUGCAACACUGUCUUUACAUUUUGGUUGUUGCCUAAGUUUUACAUUUGUUUAUGUUUGUUUUAUUUUGUUUCUGCAAGCUAACACCUUCUAUUGAAGUGAAGAUUUGUAAUGAAAGAAGUAAAAGGAAAAAAAAUGGAAUAAUGGAAAUGAAUAAUUUUUUAAAAUUUUAUUUAAAUGUAAAAUUAAAUUUGAAUUGUAUGAAGAGAAUCAUUUUUAAAAAGGGGGAAAGCAUGUGGAACAGAACUCCUGAAUCAUUUAGGGAGGAUAGGUUGUAUUACAUUGAACAAAUGUACUUUCCAACCUGAAUAAAAUGAAAAAUACUUA